AUGCAAAGCGAGGAUCCGAAACUUCCUGGUUUCUUCGUCCUUCCUGCUGCGCUCGAUCCCGCGAGAUCCGCCGAAGUUGUGGGUUUAGGGGACGACGAAGGGAUAGAUGAAGGGGAGUUGGAAGAAUUAGAGGGUUUAAUGGAAGAAGAGGAGGAGGAAGCUGCGGGCAGGAAAAAAACAACCAUGUGGACUGAGUUUGACCUAAAGAAUCGGGACAGCCCGGGAAAACUUGUGGAGGCGAAGCUUCCUCCCGUUGAGGUUGAUGUUGUAGAUGACGUGGGCACGGGGUUUGAGGAGUUUGACGUGGACUUUGAUCUCGAUGCUGACCUGGCCGCUGAAGCUUCCAGGAAAAGCGGGAGGAAGGGCGGCAGCGAUGCCCGUGAUAAUGGUGAGGACGAAGAAGAGGAGGAGGAGGAGGAAGAGGAUGAGUUUGAUGAGGAAGCAUGGGCAAAGGCUUGGGAGGAGCAGAUGGAGAGAAACGGAGCAGACGAGCUGAAGGGAGGGUCGAGAGGGGCGACGAGGGGGAGGGUUGCAAUGGGAGCAAGGGGAGCGACGGGAAGGGAUGUGGAUGGUGAGGAGGAGGAAGAGGGAGGGCAGGAGAAAGAUGGAAAGUUGGUGGUUUGUGCCAGGUGCCAUGCGCUGAGGAACUACGGGCAGGUGAAAGACGAGAGCGUGGAGAAUCUCCUGCCCGACUUUGAUUUUGAGCGGGCCGUUGGGCAGCGUCUCCGGGCAGCUUACGGCCGCCGGGCAGUCGUGCUUGUGGUUGUGGACGCAGCAGAUUUUGACGGGUCCUUCCCGCGCCGGGCAGCCGAACUUUUAGCCCGGGCAGAAGCUGAGGCCGCGGGCAAGUGGAAGGAAUCCCAGGCGGAUGGCAAGGCAGCAGGGCCUCCGGGUGGCAGCAACACGUUUCGUCUCAUCCUCGCGGCGAACAAAGCCGACCUUCUGCCGCCCCAAAUCUCGCCGCUCCGACUGGAGCAGUGGAUUCGCCGCCGGGCGAAAGCGGGCGGCCUGCCUCGUCUCACAUCGCUGCAUCUACUAUCCGCCAAGACGGGGUUCGGGGUGGCGUAUCUGGCUUCUCAACUGGCCACACUGGCUGGGCCAAGGGGAGACGUGUGGGUGGUUGGGGCUCAAAACGCAGGGAAAUCCUCUCUGAUUAACGCCCUUGCUGCUGCUGUGAAGACAGGGGGAAAGGCCGGGAAGGGCGGAGGGAAAGUGGGGACGACAGGGAAGGGAGCAGGAGGGAGGGCCGGGAAGAAAGGAGGGAAAGGAGGAGGAGGGGGAGUGGGAGGGGUGGGGUUGACAGAGGCAUGGGUGCCGGGGACGACUAUAGGGGUUGUGCCUAUAGAGGGGGUGUUGGGGGGGAGGACGAGAGUGAUGGACACGCCAGGGCUGCUGCACCCACACCAGCUGUCGGUGCGACUUUCUAGGGAGGAGCUCAAGGUGGUCGUGCCCAGAAAGGCUCUCAAACCCCGCACCUUCCGUAUCAAGCCAGGCCAGUGCGUGCUGCUGGGAGGACUAGCGCGGGUGGAUGUGGAGGAGGCAGCAGCCGAGUCCAUUUAUCUGACAGCGUGGCUGUCGCCAAUGAUAGCGUGCCACAUGGGCAAGAUCGCCAACGCUCCUGCUGUGCUGGAGAAGCACGUUGGGGUCAAACUACAGCCGCCAGCAGAGGCAUCUCGCAUGGCAGAUCUCGGAAUGUGGUUACCACGUUCCGUUACAGUGGAGGGCACGCGGUGGGACCAGAGCAGCACUGAUGUAGCCAUAGCUGGGCUAGGCUGGGUGGCCGUCGGAAUAAAGGGUUCCGCGAAACUCAAAGUGUGGACGUUUGAAGGGGUGGGUGUGACUGUAAGGGAAGCCAUGGUGUUUGAUUAUGCGCCUGUGUUUGAACGCCCCGGGUUUUCGACUGGUGGGUUGCCGGUUACCAGGGAGGAUGGAGGGAAGGGGGGCAGUGGCGGUGGUGGUGCGGUGGGGAGCGGUUCGGAUGGGAAGAAGACGAAGAAGAAGAAAGCGAGGGGUGGCAGCAAUAGGUCGAGGCCUGACGAGGUUGAUGCAGUGGUGCUGUAG